UGUUCCAAACUCACUUGUUAACUCUCUCUCUCUCUCUCUAAACUUAUUUUCUUGAGCUUCACUUGAAUCCCUAAAUUUUAUGUUUUCACACUCUUUGUUUUGACAAAAUGGCUCUAAAAAAGUUAGACAACGAGCUGCCACCGUUAGUGGGAACGCCGCCGGUGGUGGUGGUGGUGGAGCGACGGCACUCCACACAUAGCUCACUAGAAACUCUGGUGGUGGUUUUAGCAGUCAUCACAAUCAUAGGAGUUAUUGCCGGCAUCAUUGCGCGGCUCUGUGGUGGACGGCAUUUCGGUGGCUCUGGGGAAAAUGACAUUGAGGGGUGGAUAGAAAAGAAGUGCAGAAGCUGCAUUGACGCUGGCAUUCCGGCCUCGGCGGCGCCACCGAAAGAAGAACCAAAGCCAGCACCGCCGCCGAAGGAAGAAGACAAGAAGUGAAAAAUAGCUGUUUCGGCAUGUUUGGUAAUUUACAUUAGACAGUAUUAUAUAUAUUAAAAAAAAAAGGUUUAAAUUAUUGUUUUGCGUAGAACUAUUCUCUACAAUUUAAUAGUGUUUGCCAAGUAUGUACUUAGGGAGUUAGAUUAUGAUACAGAAAUAUAUACAUAUAUAUAGGACUGUUCAUUUUUUUGAAACUAUUUACAAUUUUAUC